UUGAAGUCUCUGACCUAGACAUGGGUCCUGUGGUUGGGAAGGGGCAGUUUGGAGUGGUCCAUCGAGCCUCCUGGAGAGGGACUCCAGUGGCAGUCAAAAAAAUCUCCAUCAUGGGUAGCAGAAAAGAUGAAAUAGAAAAGGAAGUCGCUAUACACAGACGGGCAACUCAUCCUAACAUCGUUCAGAUGAUGGCUUUAGGAUACCAGGGAAAAGAGGCCUUCCUGGUAAUGCAGUUCAUUGAAGGGCCAAGUUUAUACACCAUCAUCUUUCCUGAUAGGGAUGACGUUGAGAUUCCUCUAGACUGGGCUAAAAAACUUCGGAUAUCUCGUGAGGUUCUCCAAGCCGUAACCUUCAUGCAUGGCUAUAAUAUCUUACAUCUUGAUAUUAAGCCUGCCAAUGUUCUCGUGGACUCUGCAACACUUCGUCCCUACAUCUGUGACUUGGGCCUGGCCCACAUCAAGAACCGCAACCACAUGUCACAAUCCUCAGUCAACAUGAAAGGCACACCAAGUUUCAUGCCCCCAGAGGCACUUGGCCCAAAGAAACCAGGUUACAGGCACACCAACAAACAUGACAUCUGGUCGGUUGCAGGAACAUUAGUGGAGUUGUACUCCAUGAAGCGCCUGUGGGGAAACUCGAUGGAUCCUAUAUCCCUGAUGGUACUUAUUUUAACAGGCCAGAUAGAUAAACCUGAGUCUUUGACAGCUGUAGAUCCUAGGGUUCAGAAGAUCCUUGAACCAUGUUUCAAACGGAAGCCAGAGGAGAGGCCAUCAGCUUCUGGUCUCCUGGAUCAGUUCAAUGGCCUUGCCUAAUUUCAUAGCAGACAUACAAAGCUGGUAGGACAAUAAAUAUCUCAAUGGUACUUAUACAAUUGUUUUGAAAUGUAUUGUCUUUUGAUGCAUCCCGAAGUGAUUUUGAACUUUUCAAAGGAACAAAACUGUACAUAGCAUAUAAUUAUUCAUCUAAUCAUGAUCUAUAACCAAGCUGUCUAGUGACUUGCAAUUUCAAGAAGAACGUCAUGGUGUUUUGCAACACAGUGAUCUGUCUGCUUGAAUGAUUUAGUCUAAUUUAGUGUAAAUACUUUUUGUAAAUAGGAUAUGGUCAUAACAAAGAGAUGUGUAAAAGAGACAUAAUAUGCAUUUAAUAGCUUUAAAAAAAAGCAUCUUUCAGUACAUAUCUAUUUGAUAGAAAAAUGUGUUCUGAGUCAAUUUAUAUAUUGUCAAUACUGAGAAUAACAAACCAGAUCAGAUGUAUAUUCAAUAUGUAUAUCUCUUGCUUGACCAAUUGAGUAAUAUAUGUCAAAAUAGAAUGCUUGAGAUCAAGGAACUACAACACAGGUAUGCAUUUAUAAUCCCUGAUUAAAAUAUACAUGUAUUUAUAGACUACUUUUCACUUCAUCCGGUACAAUGAGAACCCAAGUCGGGGCCUCUAGAUAUUUCAAACAUUCUGUAGUCUUCAGCAUAAAAUUAGACUUUUAGAAAUGUAAGCGGUCAUUUUGUAGCUAUUCAAAAUGACCGCUUUAUUGCAUCUAGCUGUUAUUCAUAACGAUACAAAAGUUACUUCAAAUGGUUAAUCUUUCUUUUGAUUAGUAGAACCUAAGAUAACUGUGAGAGCAUUCCACAACGUAUCAGUCCAGAUUCCUAACGAGUACCAACACCAAAAUAAUCAUUAUUACUUCGUUUGUAAUUAUGUACAAUAUAUGUACAGGAGCAUGUAUAAUGUGUUCAGGAUGUCUCACUUGUAUUAAUUUGUAAUUUAACAGUCUGCAUAAACAGAAACAUUUGUUUAAUGGUUCUUCUAUUCCCUGGCAUUUCUUGCCUAUUAUAUUUGUUUACGUCAAGUUUGUAUGUAUUUCUGUCUCAAAAUGUAAAUUCUAUAAAAAUGAAAUGUCUUUAUUGCAACACAAUGUUUUUUUUUAUAUAGAUCUAGUAUCUCAGAAAAUUAUUAUUUUAUUCUAUUCGCUUUAUAUGUACCAUAGUGAUUUUAAUAUCUUGUUUUUAAUCACCUCUGAUUAGUUUAAACUUUAAAACAAGUUCACAGUGACUGUACUUCUUCUUCGAGCAGACAAACAAAAGCUAGAAAAUCAUUGCUGCAAAAUAUGAUGACCAAUAUAAGAUGACCAUCAGAAAACAUUCUAGAUGCUGUAAAUAAUGUUAGUGUACAUAUAAUCUACUCAAAGUCAUUGUGUUCGUAAAUUGUAUUUUCCUGUUAAUACAUAUGAAUAUGCAUGUAAUUAACAUCACACCAUUUUAUAGAUUUAUAAUGUACGUUUACAUUUACAUACGGUGGCAGACCCUCCU